AUGUCACUUUACCGUACUGGAUCAGGCCUGCUCUUUCACAGACUACUGGACUUGGUGAGCGACGGCAGCAUUUGGCCAGUCCCGUGGCUUGUGCAUGUGCCAUGGUGGGGUAUCGGUGAAGUGGAGUCCGCAGUUUCAACGACCGCACGGCCCCGACUCUCCAAGGCUCGGCGGCUCCGUGCUCCACAAUGCCCCGGGUCCCACGACGCCCCGAACUCUGUUCGGCUCCUGGUCCACAAGGAACCCCAGGUCAACUGCGUCUGCAUACCAGGCAAAAUUGUAGACGGGUGUGCGCUUGUGCUACUCCGACAAGACAGACUUCAGAAACAUGUACUCCACGGAAUCGAAGAGUUUUUAGAUCAGGAAGCACAACGUCUUGCUGGUAUGGUAUUGAUAAUGACCUUGGGGAUAUACCAAGAUCAAGACUCACCAGAGAAGGGAAGUUCUUGUGAAAGACCCAUUCGUCAUCGGUUGAAAAACAAAGCGCUUCGACACGAAGACUUCUAA